AUGGAGCCUUCUAAUGCAGCGCAAUGGGUGAAAUGGAUUCCAGCCAAAUGCAAUUUGUUCUUCUGGAGAGCUGGGUUGAAUCGGUUACCGACCAUUGAGGCUCUUCGGCGCAGGAACAUUAAUGUGGAGGCUGCUGGGUGUGUUUUAUGUGAUGGGCCGGUUGAAUCGAUAGAUGAUAUUGUCGCUGAAUGUUUGUUUACUAAUGGAGUGUGGAGUGGUAUUGCUAGUUGGUGUAAUAUUCCUCCGAUUUUUCUGUUUUCGGUUCUAGACAUUCAUGCCAUUGCGGACUCUUCCGGUUUUUCUCAGCCGAAGAAGGAUAUCCUUCGAGGCAUCCUGGUGAUUACGUUAUGGCAUAUUUGGAAUGCAAGAAACGACAUAGUCUUCAAGAAGAGGAAGGUGUCAAUUACUCAACUUAUCGCGGAUGUGAAGGCGCUUAGUUUUCUUUGGUUCAAUAGUCGUUGUAAGGGUAAUGACGUUAAAUGGGAGGGUUGA